GUAUACAGAGCAGCUGAGAUGAUCCUAGGCUGUCUCAUCAUCCACACUGCUGUAUUGCAUGAUCACUGAAACUACUGACAGAGCAGGAAAUGCAGCACUUCUCCCUCCUAUCCCUUUCCCAAUCCGGUCAUCUGCCUUCUUCUGCAACUACUGUGCUGCACAACUGGAGUCCUGCUCACUACAGCAGGUCAGGAAGGGGAAGGGGAUGAAAUCUGCAGGCCACAUUUGGCCCACAAGACAUCCAGUGUUAGUUCUAACGAAGGAAUGAGCUUAUGUAAUUCCAACUGAACAAAACUGACUUCAGCAACUGGGAGGUUGGUUUUGUAACUUUCUAUAAUUGCAUCAGGCUGUUUUCUAAACCUCGAGGAAUUGCCAGUUCUUUCUUAAAAGACUGUCCUACUUGCAACUAGUAUCAAAACAGAGCUCCGGAAGAUGGAAGACGAAGAUGGAUAUAUGACUAUAUCGCCAAAAAAAUUGGAACUUUGCACAGCAGCAACUCCCACCAAGGAGACUACAGAUUGUUGCCCAUUUCUCUGGUGGAAAAUUGGUUUUGGCAUUUCGCUCGUGGGGAACGUUGCUCUAGCCCUGGUUAUUAUUUCUCUUUGUCUUCCAGUUUCCCAGGACGUUCUUCCCCGCAAGCUCCUGAACCACGAGAUCCGCAGUUGCACGCUAAAAUGUAUUCCUUGCAGUUCAGAUAAGAAGAGCAUAACAGCAAAUCUCACUCUGGAUCCAAAGACAGCUCAUCCCCAGCUCUAUGUCUCUGAUGAUCUGAAGACAGUGAAAUGGAGAGAUAUGAAACAACAUGUGACUAGCGGUCCUCUGAGAUAUGACGUGAUGGCCAGCGUAAUAAGCCAUGAGGGCUUCACCUCAGGGAAAAAUUGCUGGGAAGUAGAGGUGGUGCAAGGAGGAAGCUGGUGGGGUGUGGGUGUUAUCAGGGAGUCCGCAAACAGAAAUGGGCCUAUUUUCCUUGCACCUGAAGGGGGCUACUGGGCUGUACAGCGUAUUGAUGGACAGUACCAGGCAAUCACCAAUAAUCCUAGGACAAAUUUGUCCUUGUGCCACCCCCCCAGUAGGAUCCGGGUUUCCCUGGACUAUUCUGAGGGUCUGGUAGCAUUUUUUGAUGGUGAUACCAAUGCUCAUCUCUUUACCUUUCCAAAAGCUGAGUUCGCUGGAGAGAAGAUCCAUGCUUGGCUCUUGAUCUAUGGGUGGAAUGGGGAGCUCAUAAUCUAUCCAUGAGACAAAGUGACAUCCUAAUGCUUUUAGGGUCUGUGGAACCUGCUGUUCUAGGACCUCAAACCAGACUUUAUGGCUCCAGAGGGCCCUCAUAUAGGACUAUCUUUUAUAGACCAGCCCCUCAACCACAGACUCAUAAAUACAGUGAAGGUAUCACUCUAGCAGAAGUACUUACUUACCUUGUGUAUCAGGACCAGGGGCUUCACUAGGGCGGUGGGAUAGGUGCGGGCUGCACUGGGUGACAUCACAAGACGGGAGUGACACCCAGAGCCGCCCCCCCAGGCACCACUGGGAAGCGGGGCAGGCAGGCGGAGAUCUGCCGUGCCUGCACUAACACGUGGAAGGCCGCGGCUCUAGCCGCGGUGCACGGGAGAAAAGAGGAAGCCUGCGCAGCCGUGGAGGCACGGGGGAAGAGCAGGAAGCUAACAGGCGGAGAGCUGCCCUGCUCCUGCCCCGCUCUAACACGUGGAAGGCGUGGUGCGGCCGCAGUGGUUCACGCACCUACUCUGGAGGAGAGCCCACGUGCCAGAGCCUGUGUUGCGCUGCAGCCAACUCAGAAGGGACAGGAAGGGGGGAGGCAUGAGUUUCAGGCACCUCCGCAGCCAGAAGAAGCAGAGUUGGGGAUUGUUGUGUCUGAGCAGGAUCGUGCGGGAGGGGGGCAGCCUGCUCUCCAGCCAGUUCCCACAAGUAACGCCCUUUCCGAGGAGCCGAGCACACCACCCCCAGUUGAUGCAGAGGACUUGUGGGGGGAAGCUUCAGAGUCAGUGCCAGCUCCUACUUUCCCAAGCAGUUCCCAGGAGGAUUCCAGUGUGGCACCACCCUCUGACCUCGAGCCUGUUGCUCGGGAGCAGGUGUCUUCAGAUGAGCUGUUGGAUGCGCGUCCCCUGUCUCCUCAUUCCCGUCGCCGUGAGAAACGGACAGGGCAAAGACAGGAAUUACGAAGGAGUCAGCGAUUACGUUCAAAAACAUUUCCUAUAUAAGCCUGCCGCUCCCAGUGGGGGGUUGUUGAGUCAACUUCCUUCACACGCUGCAGAGCAUGUCUAGAGUAUAGUUAGGGACUCUAGUGAGUUAGCUUAGGGUUUCCUAUGAAGCGCAAUGCCUUUGAUGUAUCCAAUACUCUAAUAAAACGAGAUUUACUUGCA